CGCUACCAGGGACGUUAUCAAUCACACACAUACAUACCAGAUCGGUAUGAAGUGGACGAGCUGCCUGCUCGGUAUGCAGGCAGCCGUUUAUACCAGAACUCUUGUCGCGAAGGCGUCAGCUUGAAUCCACGAACGUUUGCCGCGUUUGAUAGGCUGCCAAGCACGGUAUACAGUUAUCUACUCGAGGGUAUUGUCAUGAUAAUCUUUGGUACCUACCAAGACAUUGGCAUAGACCACAUGUACUGCAGUCCAGCUUCAUACAACUUAACGGCCAAGAUCAGAGCUUCAUUGAAUCUACCGGAGGUUUCGUGGUGUGGGUUGAACGGAGCCUGGACUAUGUACCAGGGCAUCCCGAGUAUUGUUCGAAAAUUUGAUGCCCCAUGCGGCAACCCUUUGUGUGGCAGAAUUAUCUACUACAAAAUCGAUGGAAAAGUACAGAGUCGAAUCCUAAUGGACUCUUCUGAUCCUCUUGGACCGCACCUGUGCAAACCGUGCUGGAGAUGGAGAUUCAACCACAACCGUCUCCCCAACGUCGAAGAUCUCGCGCUCCGUGCGACGCGUGCGGCGAGGAAGCAGACCGUGAGUGAACUUCGUGCUGCUUUCCCGCCAAACGAGGCUCCAUGCGCACACUGUGGCAGACCGGAAUGUUGCUUC